UCUAUCCUCUUCUAUGCGUAGCUACAGUUUGUAAAUAUAUGUAGUUCGGUAAAUUCUGACCGGGGACAGGUAGAGCUCUAAUUAUCAUGUCGGAUACUUUAUUCAACGACUCUUUUCAUUCACUAAUGUUAUGUCGCUUUACAAUAAGCAAUAAGCAACAGUAGUUUUCCAUCAAUAGUAUUUGGGAUCCCCCGACCUUUCAAUUGUUAGCUAUUAUAGAUAAUUCGUCGUGUUGAGGCAAUUUCCUUGACAGUUUCCAUUUUUUUACGAAUAAUCAUGCAUUGGAUGACAAUUUUCGUGAUUUUGAACCUGCAAGUACCGGUUUGGGGAAAUAACAUCAUUGUGAUUCUAGUUGAUGAUUUGGAUCUGACUCUCGAGGGAAUGCAACCAUUACAAAAUACCCAGAAUUUGAUUGGGCAACAAGGAGCAACUUAUGACAAUUGCUUCGUUGCUUCGCCUAUCUGCUGCCCGAACCGUGCGUCAAUUUUAACUGGAAGGUACCAGCACAACCACAAUACAGUCAAUAACUCUAUCUCCGGUGGCUGCAACAGCCCCCAGUGGCAGAGAUAUUCCGAAGGAAAAACCUUUGCUGCGAUAUUAAAAAAGAAGAUGGGAUACACUACGUUCUAUGCUGGGAAAUAUCUAAAUGAAUACGGCUCUAGGGCAGCUGGGGGGCCUCAGCAUGUCCCUCCAGGUUGGGACUGGUGGUAUGGACUUGUCGGAAAUUCAAAGUAUUUUGACUAUUCAUUAUCUGUCAACGGAACCGCGAGGACAUACGGACAUACGCCAAAUCAGUAUCUAACUGAUGUUAUUCUGGAAUUUCAAAGUCUUGAAUAUUAUAGAAAAUUACUGAAUGUUUUACAGAAACAAAUGGCUCUGAGCUUUAUAAACACUCGGAGCGCCAAUUCAGUUCCAUUUCUUAUGGUCCUAGCACCUCCAGCUCCCCAUGAACCCUGGACUCCGGCAGCCCGGCAUAAUGACAGAUAUAAAAAUCAAAAAGCUAAGCGAACACCCAACUUUAAUACUCAAUCACAGUUUGAUAAACAUUGGCUUGUUCGAAUGGGGCCAUCUCCUCUGCCUAACAAUGUUCUUCCAACUUUGGAUGACAUUUAUAGGAGACGCUGGGAGACACUCCUGGCUGUCGAUGAGUUAGUUGUGGGGGUGUAUACCGCUUUGAGGAAUACCCGUCUUUUGAAUGAUACUUAUGUGAUUUUCACGUCUGAUAAUGGCUAUCACAUUGGCCAAUUUAGUAUGCCAAUGGAUAAACGCCAGCCAUAUGAAACCGAUAUUCGAGUUCCUCUAUUGAUUCGUGGCCCUGGAAUCACUCCUGGGAGUCGAGUUAAGGCUCCAGUGACCAGCGUUGAUUUAUUUUCAACGAUUUUGGAAAUGGGGGGAACUGAGGCGAUAUCAGACGGUACAUCGAUGCUGAAUAAGAACAUCUCUGAGGAUCGCAGUGUUUUAAUUGAAUACAGAGGGGAACAUUCGAUAGGAACUCCCAACAGUGGAUGCCCCACUGAUGAUGAUGUUCAUCUAUCACAUUGUGAUAAAAAAUAUGAAUGCAAAUGUCAGGAUUCCACCAACAAUACCUAUGCCUGCGUCCGAAGAUUCUCAGAGAAGAAUAACAAUAUCUUUUGUGUUUUUGAAGACGCUACGAAAUAUGUUGAAGCGUAUGAUCUGAAUGCUGAUCCAUUCCAAAUGAAUAACAUUGCAUACAGCAUGCAUAAGGGGAAGAGAUACCGAUUCAGGAAACGAUUGAAGGAACUGGUUAAGUGUGAAGGGGUUGAUUGUGUGCGUACACACCGAUGAGAUCACACUGAUAUGAGAACAUAUUUAAUUUCAUUAAUCAUUCUAAUUUUCUUAUGUCUUGACGAUGAAUUCUGUCAAAUUGUUUGAUUUUUACUAUAUUACAACGUUGCAUUGAAUAUUCACGAGUGAAAAUAUAAUUCAAAUUGCUAUAUAUACACCAAUCGUCGGUAAAAUAAAUAUUUUCUUUCAUA